AUGGAGGGCGAGAGCCGGAGCCCGUGGGCCCUGGGGCUGCUGCGCACGUUCGACGCGGACGAGUUCGCGGGCUGGGAGAAGGUCGGCUCGGGCGGCUUCGGGCAGGUGUACAAGGUGCGCCACGUCCACUGGAAGACGUGGCUCGCCAUCAAGUGCUCGCCGAGCCUGCACGUCGACGACAGGGAGCGCAUGGAACUUUUGGAGGAAGCCAAGAAGAUGGAGAUGGCCAAGUUCCGUUACAUCCUGCCCGUGUACGGCAUCUGCCAGGAGCCCGUGGGCCUGGUCACGGAGUACAUGGAGACAGGCUCCCUGGAGAAGCUGCUGGCCUCUGAGCCGCUGCCCUGGGGCCUGCGCUUCCGCAUCAUCCACGAGACGGCUGUGGGCAUGAACUUCCUGCACUGCAUGGCCCCGCCUCUUCUCCACCUGGACCUCAAGCCCGCCAACAUCCUGCUGGACGCCCACUACCACGUCAAGAUCUCCGACUUCGGGCUGGCCAAGUGCAACGGGCUGUCCCACUCGCACGACCUCAGCAUGGACGGCCUUUUCGGCACCAUCGCCUACCUUCCUCCUGAGCGCAUCCGGGAGAAGAGCCGGCUCUUCGACACCAAGCACGACGUGUACAGCUUUGCCAUCGUGAUCUGGGGUGUGCUCACACAGAAGAAGCCGUUUGCAGAUGAGAAAAACAUCCUGCACAUCAUGGUGAAAGUGGUGAAGGGCCACCGCCCCGAGCUGCCGCCUGUCUGCAGACCCAGGCCUCGCGCCUGCGAGAGUCUCCUGUGCCUCAUGCAGAGGUGCUGGCACGGGGACCCCCGGGAGCGGCCCAGCUUCCAAGAAAUCACUUCUGUAACCGAGGACCUGUGUGAAAAACCUGAUGAUGAGGUGAAAGAGACGACUCCAGACCCAGAUGUGAGAAACCCACCUGAGGCCGAGGCCGAGGCGCCCGUGGCCACCCCGCUCAAGCGAGCCUCCGCCCCGACCUUUGACAACGACUACAGCCUCUCCGAGCUGCUGUCUCAGCUAGACUCGGGCAUCUCCCAGACCCUCGAGGGCCCGGAAGAGCUCGGCCGCAGCUCCUCCGCAUGCAAACUUCCGUCGGCGAGCAGCGGCAAGAGGCUGUCAGGGGUGUCCUCGGUGGAUUCUGCCUUCUCCUCCAGAGGGUCGCUGUCCUUGUCCUUCGAGCGGGAGCCUUCAGCGGGCGAUCUCGGCGCCGCCGACGCCCAGAAGAAGAAACUUGUGGAUGCCGUCGUGAACGGGGACACCGGCAGGCUGAUGAAGAUCCUGCAGCCCCAGGACGUCGACCUGGUCCUGGACGGUGGCGCCAGCCUGCUGCACCUGGCCGUGCAGGCUGGGCAGGAAGACUGCGUCAAGUGGCUGCUGCUUAACAACGCCAACCCCAAUCUCACCAACAGGAAGGGCUCCACGCCCCUCCACGUGGCCGUGGAGAGGAGGGUGCGGGGCGUCGUGGAGCUCCUGCUGGCCCGGAAGAUCAGCGUCAACGCCGCGGACGAGGACCAGUGGACGGCCCUGCACUUCGCGGCCCAGAACGGGGACGAGGGCAGCACGCGGCUGCUGCUGGGGAAGAAUGCCUCCGUGCACGAGGCCGACUGCGAGGGCCGGACGCCCAUGCACGUGGCCUGCCAGCACGGCCAGGAGAGCAUCGUGCGCAUCCUGCUGCGCCGCGGCGUGGACGCGGGCCUGCCGGGCAAGGACGCCUGGGUGCCGCUGCACUACGCCGCCUGGCAGGGCCACCUGCCCAUCGUCAAGCUGCUGGCCAAGCAGCCGGGGGUGAGCGUGGACGCCCAGACGCUGGACGGGAGGACGCCCCUGCACCUGGCCGCCCAGCGCGGGCACUACCGCGUGGCCCGCGUCCUCAUCGACCUGCACUCUGACGUCAACGUCUGCGGCCUGCUGGCGCAGACGCCCCUGCACGUGGCCGCGGAGACGGGGCACACGAGCACCGCCAGGUUGCUCCUGCACCGGGGCGCCCACAGGGAGGCCGUGACGGCUGAGGGCUGCACCGCGCUGCACCUGGCCGCCCGCGGUGGGCACCUGGCGACCGUCAGGCUGCUGGUGGAGGAGCGGGCCGACGUGCUGGCCCGGGGGCCCCGCCGCCAGACGGCGCUGCACCUGGCCGCCGCCGGCGGGCACUCGGAGGUGGUGGCGGAGCUAGUCAGCGCCGACGUGCGUGACCUGUCUGACGAGCAGGGGCUCAGCGCGCUGCACCUGGCCGCCCGGGGCCGGCACGCCGAGACGGUGGAGACGCUGCUCAGACACGGGGCCCACGUCAACCUGCAGAGCCUCAAGUUCCAGGGCGGCCCCGGCCCCUCAGCCACGCUCCUCCGGCGAAGCAAGACCUAG